CGUUUUUCUUCAGAACCGGAGGCUCCAACCUCAGAACAACUUUUGACUGACUGAACUCGAGGUCAAUCAAGAUGAACCCCGAAUACGACUACUUGUUUAAAUUGCUCCUCAUCGGAGACUCCGGCGUCGGGAAGUCGUGCUUGUUGCUUCGAUUUGCCGACGAUACCUACACAGAAUCGUACAUUUCCACCAUUGGCGUCGACUUCAAAAUCCGCACGAUCGAGUUGGACGGCAAGACGAUCAAGUUGCAAAUCUGGGACACCGCAGGCCAAGAACGCUUCCGCACCAUCACGAGCAGUUACUACCGGGGUGCCCAUGGUAUCAUUGUCGUGUACGACGUGACGGACCAAGAGUCUUUCAACAACGUGAAGCAAUGGUUGCACGAAAUCGACCGUUAUGCGUGCGAGAACGUCAACAAAUUGCUGGUCGGUAACAAGAGUGAUUUGACGGCCAAGCGUGUCGUGAGCACGGACGCGGCCAAGGAAUUUGCCGAAAGCCUGGGUAUUGAGUUCUUGGAAACGUCGGCGAAGAACGCCGCCAACGUCGAGAAGGCGUUCAUGAUGAUGGCCGCGCAGAUCAAGAAGCGCAUGGCGAACGCCCCCGUGGUGUCAAAGCCUGCCAUCUCGUUGGGGCCUGGCAAGGACGUUGGCUCCAAGUCGGGCGGCUGCUGCUAAACGAACAAAGAUGGUUCCAUCCAGGAUCUGAAGGCUUUCCCCGAACGACGAAUCUAGCUGAUGUAGCAAUUGGGGACUAUUUUUAUAUCUUUCAAUAGUUUUUGCAUGUAAUUUUCCUUGGCGUAAUACUAUACAAUGCCACGUGAUACCGUUGCUUUAGGGGCCCACCCAUGCCUCAAGCAUACAUCA